GCUGGGAGAGGAGGAGGGAGAGAGGGAGGAGGAGAGGCGUGUGGGCUUCUCACGCAUUGUUACGGGCUCGAGGAGCGUCGAAGACCCCUACACGUGAAUUAUCUUCCCGGGCAGAAAGAUCCCAUGACAUCUAGGACCUAUUGCAGGGAUCCACUCUUCGAUCCCACCCGUUGUUUAUAAUCUAAACGGAGUGGCCAGGGAACCAACGCCAAGCCUCCUGCUAAGGUGAUGGCGCUCUUAUGACUCAAGGCAAUGGAUACAGCCAGCCUCAGCCAUGGCGGCCAUCUUGGAUUCUACCCGGCUACGAACUGUCAUUCUCUGAGACAAGAAACCGGACCAGUCAGUCACUUGACCGUCACUUACCUGUAUCCCAGCCACUCUCUCCCUCUCACUGACUUUCUGCUUUGCGUUUGAGGCUUAUGAUGGGGCCCAUGCCCAGCCUGGCCAUGGGCCUGCCGCGGUUACUGUGUGUGUCUGCGCUGAUGGCUCUGUCGGUUAGGGUGGUGGAGGCCAUCCCUAUGGAGUCUGCUGCCGGGAGCCACAGCAUGUUCACCUGUGAGCCCAUCACCCUGCGCAUGUGUCAGGGGCUGCCAUAUAACUCCACCUUCAUGCCCAACCUCCUCAACCACUAUGAUCAGCAGACAGCCGCACUCGCCAUGGAGCCCUUCCAUCCAAUGGUGAACCUGCAGUGUUCGUCGGAGCUGAGAAUGUUCCUGUGUGCCCUCUACGCUCCGGUGUGCACAGAGUACGGACGAAUGACCCUGCCCUGCCGGCUGCUGUGCCAGAAGGCCAGGGGGGACUGCUACAAACUCAUGGACAUGUUUGGCGUCACAUGGCCAGAAGAGAUGGACUGUAACAGGUUCCCAGACUGUGAUGAGGCCUAUCCCCGUCCUGUAGACCUUCUCUCCAGCGCAGACUCCACUGAAUCGCCCAUCUCUGUCCAGCGCGACUAUGGCUUCUGGUGUCCCCGUGAGCUGAAGAUCGACCCCGACCUGGGCUACACCUUCCUGGGUGUGAGGGACUGCUCGCCUCCCUGCCCCAACAUGUACUUCCAGCGAGACGAGCUGGUUUUUGCCCGCUACUUCAUCGGUGUGUUGUCCAUCAUCUGUCUCUCCGCAACCCUCUUCACCUUCCUCACCUUCCUCAUCGACGUGUCCAGGUUCCGCUACCCUGAGCGGCCAAUCAUCUUCUAUGCCGUCUGCUACAUGAUGGUGUCGCUGGUGUUCUUCCUGGGCUUCCUAUUGGAGGACCGGGUGGCGUGCAAUGCAGAGAGCCCCGGGCGCUUCCGUGCAGCCACGGUCACGCAGGGCUCCCACAACAAGGCUUGCACGCUGCUUUUUAUGGUGCUCUACUUCUUUACCAUGUCGGGCAGUGUGUGGUGGGUCAUCCUCACCAUCACCUGGUUCCUGGCAGCGGUGCCCAAGUGGGGCAGCGAGGCCAUCGAGAAGAAGGCCCUGCUGUUCCACGCCUGUGCCUGGGGCAUCCCCGGCUGCCUCACCGUCACGCUCCUCGCCAUGAACAAGAUCGAAGGGGAUGGUGUGAGCGGGGUGUGUUUCGUGGGACUGUAUGACCGCACGGCUCUGAGGUGGUUCCUGUUGGCUCCUCUGGGCCUGGAUGUGCUGGUGGGCGUGGCAUUACUGUUAGCAGGCAUACUGGCACUGAACCGCGUCCGUAUGGAGAUCCCCCUGGAGAAGGAGAACCAGGACAAGCUGGUGAAGUUCAUGAUCCGUAUUGGGGUGUUCUCUGUGCUCUACCUGGUCCCCCUGCUGACGGUCAUCUCCUGCUAUCUGUACGAGAACAGCUACCGGUCUGUCUGGGAGACCACCUGGGUCCAGGAGCGCUGCAGAGAGUACCACAUCCCCUGUCCAUACCAGGUGCAGCAGACCAGCAGGCCAAAUAUGUCCCUGUUCCUCAUCAAGUACCUGAUGAUGUUGGUGGUGGGCAUCCCGUCGGUGUUCUGGGUGGGCAGCAAGAAGACCUGCUUUGAAUGGGCCGGCUUCUUUCAAGGACGGAGACGCAAAGACAGCGUGGUCAACGAGAGCCGGCAGGUCCUCCAGGAGCCCGAUUUCGCCCAGCUGCUGUUGCGAGACCCGAACGCCCCGAUUGUGAGGAAGUCCAGGGGGACGUCCACGCAGGGCACAUCCACCCACGCCUCCUCCACCCACCUGGCCAUGCUCGACGAGCCCCCCAGCGGGAGCACCAGCCGGGCCAGCAGCAUCCGCAGCAAGAGGAGCAGCUUCCAUGGCAGUCUGCAUCGAUCCAGAGAUGGCAGGUAUACGGCAGGUAGUUUCCGAGCAGUCGAGGAGCGCCUCCCAUAUGGCAGCAUGCCUCGCCUCAGUGACCAGUUAGGUUCCCGACACUGCAGCACCAACCGGAUGGACAGCCUAUCAAGACACGGCUCCACCCAGCGUCUGGAGAGCCAAUCACGGCACAGCAGCAUCAGGGACCUUAGCAACGUCACCCAGGCUAUUCAGAGCGCCCCUCGCAACGGAAUCCACCGGGUCCAAGAGGAAGAUGCAACCGUGGCCUGAACUAGGCCUUUUAAAAUGUCUGGUCAACUAACGACCCGCAGCAGCUGGCCAGAGCUAUAAACCCCUGCCGAGGCUAACUCAGACCUGCAGGAGUGAAUGCUCAAACCAAUAAGACUGACAUGGAAGAAAUAACACUGAGGCAUACUUGUUCUCUCCCAAUGAUUUUCACCGGAUGUUCUAGAUUCUGGACAGCUCUGGGAUCAGUUACAUGUAAAGGACUUUAUACUGUGAAGAAAUUACUGAACUACAUCUUUAUUGGCACAUUCCACUGCUCGGGGGGAGGGAGGGGUUGAAAACGGUUGAUAUGUAACAGUUUCUCAAUCUGAAUUGUUCCAUUCUGGGUUACACAAGCACAUGUUUCUCCUUAUUCCUGGUGACCGCACUGUUUACUUGUAUGAUGAUUACUGGACACGAGUAACCAAUAGCACUGUUACACUGCUCACUACUAUACAAUGAGGUACUUUUAUACCUCCAUUUUUUUCAUUGCACUUCUGAUGGAGGCAGUUAUCAAGAACGUACGUGACAGGUAGGGUCCAGAGUUUCCCCUGACUCAGGCCUGCUUAUGAAAAGCUCUGGGUCCUAGUUAUUUUGUGACGGAAAUGGCAACAGUGAAUGGUCCUGUUUUCAGUCAAGUUGCAGAUUAUUCUGUUUUAUUGAUGGACCAGCUGUUUUGAAGGGCUGAGUUGUAUUACAGCACAGGUGUUAAUCUGGUUGCAUAGAGGCCUGAGAGUCUGCUGAGUUUUCAGUUUUACCUUACCUACAUGCUUGAUUAAUAAGUUCACUUAUUACUUAGGAUCUCCCCUCGCCUGGAUGGUUUGGUCUGAAGUGGGCACCGAUUGAGGGGGAAAAAACAAAAACCAGCAUAUUCUAUGGCCUCCGUGGAAUCAGUUUGACACCUGUGUAUUACAGGAUAAAAGCUGAAUUCCAAACUCCAGCCUUAUACUGUUGGUAGAAUAGUUUUAUUUCCCCCUGCAGAUAGAAUUGGAAUCAGUAGUAAUGUCCCUUCUAUGGAGUGUAUACAUAGAAUUGUUAGCCAUAACUAGUAGUGGCAUCAUGUGCAUAGGUGUAAAUAUUUUUUUUUCAGGGGGUGACACAUUUGUGAAAUUUUUAAUAAACUCUUCUAAAAAUACAUCCAGGAAAAUGUAAGUGGAUAUUUGCAAUAGGAUGGAAGCUCAACUGUGUCAUCUUUUAAUACAUAACCUAAAUUAUAACCUUCAUACUGUAAUAUAAAAACAUAGCACAUCAUACAUUUGUUAACAGUCACAGAUAUACAUAUUGUAUGUAACUUAUAGUUCUGAGAUCAUAUAAAAGUAAAACAAGAAUAAUGAAUCCAAGCAGGGCCUUCAGAGCCACAUGGGCUGAAAUGACUAAAAGGGCACCAAGCCCAUCUGAGUGAAUGACGCAUCACGCAGAUAGAAUGCAGGCACUGCUGGGCAAGAAGGGCACUUGUUGAGUCUUAAUGGAGAGGGGCAGAGGCUCAAGCCCCCUCUGGG